AUGGAAUCGAAUGUUGAUCUUGGUAGCUAUAUCUUAUUGCAAAUAAUUGGGCAGGGGAACUUCUCAAAGGUAAAACUUGCCGAGCACAAAGAAACGCAUCAAAGAUAUGCUGUUAAGAUCAUUAAAAAAUCAAAAUUAGAAGAAAACCCCGAACUUUCAUCCAAGAUUCAACGCGAGAUUGCAUUAAUGAAGAUACUAGAUCAUACUCAUAUCAUUAAACUUAUUGAGAUAGCCGAAAGCCCUCGACAUUUAUUCAUCAUUCAAGAAUACGCUGAAAAUGGUGAGCUCUUUGACUAUCUUGUUGCUCGAAGAUAUCUAAGUGUAGAAGAAUCAAUGAGGAUCUUUCGUCAAAUAAUUUACGGUCUUGAUUAUCUGCAUUCAAGAGGAAUUUGUCACAGAGACUUAAAACCAGAAAACCUCUUACUCGACUCUCAUAAUAACGUUAAAAUAGCUGACUUUGGAUUCGCCCGUUGGUUAAAGUACUCAACAACACAAACCAGCUGCGGAAGUCCCCAUUACGCUGCCCCUGAAGUCAUCCGCGGAAUUCCUUAUAACGGACAGAAAGCUGAUAUCUGGAGUUGUGGAGUAAUACUCUAUGCAUUGCUGGCAGGCAGACUUCCCUUCAAUGAGCCGAAUUUCAAAGACUUAGUUUCGAAAAUCAAGAAUGGUCAAUAUAGAAUGCCUGACUUCCCGGCUGUUAUCAAAGAUCUUGUAGCGAAAAUGCUCUGCGUCAAUCCUGAAUGUCGUAUUACGAUUGAGCAAAUCAAGCAUCAUAAAGCAUUCAGAAUUGGCUUGCCGCAAUUCUAUACUCCACCAUUACCAUUCCCUAUGCCAGAUAUGAGCCAACCUGUCUCCAUUGACGAUCUUACCCCAGAAGUUAAGGAAACAAUGAUAACAAUAGGAUUUACACCCGAAGAGUUGAAUGAACAACUUUCGUUAACUGGUUGCAACACAGCGAAAAGCUUCUAUUCCAUCUUAACACAGACACAAGCCAUCGAAUCUUUCCCAUGGACAACAAGGGUUUGCAUUACAGAUGAAAACAAUAUAUCGCUCUCUAAUGGUACUAACUUCUCCAAUACUGAUAAUCCACUAUCCAAAGAACAAUUUUACAAAUUCCAGAGGUCGAACUCUAACAUUGCUUGGUCGAUUGAAUCUCCUAUUCAAUCAAUGGCUGACGUUGUUCUUUGGUCUGCAAAUUCCCAAACAAACCAAAAUCAAAAAGAGAGCGAAGUUGUUGUGAACGUUAGAUACCAAUUAGAUUCUGCUGUUGCCAAUAUCCAAAAGCAUCUAUCGGAUAAGCAAAUCGACUGGCUCUUCCCACAAGAUCAACAAAUUUUCGCUAAGUUAGACAAUACAAUUGUUUCUAUUAAUCUUAUUCCUGAUACUGACGAAACAUCUGUUAUUUCGAUGUCGAUAAAGUCGGGUGCUUACGACAAAUUUAAUUCUAUUGUUGAUGAUAUUUGUACCUGCUUGGACGCCCAUAGAUUUUUCUUUUAA